GUUGCAGUUGCUUAAGCACACAGGGAAACAAGAGGCCCCAAUAAGUGGGUUGUUCAUCACAUGAAGGUUUCAGCAUCAUUGUUGUCAUUCGUCAAGCCUCAACAUGGAAGAUAAUCUUUCUGCCGUUUUGCAUGGAGUUGAUGACUUGAGAUUGGAACAAACCCCAAUCUCAAAGCCUGGUAAAAAUGAGGUCCUAAUUGCCAUAAAUUCUGUUGGUAUAUGUGGUUCAGAUGUUCAUUACUGGAAGAAAGGUGCAAUUGGGGAUUUCAUAGUAAAAGCACCUAUGAUCCUGGGCCAUGAAUCCAGUGGAACAGUAACUGAAGUCGGAGAAAGUGUCAAGCACUUGAAAGCUGGUGACAGAGUUGCAAUAGAGCCAGGGGUUCCAUGCCGUCUUUGUGAUUUCUGUAAAACAGGGAAAUACAACCUUUGCCUUGAUAUGAAGUUUUGUGCAACACCACCUUAUGAUGGAACACUUUGUAGAUAUUACGUCCAUGCUGCAGACUUUUGCUACAAACUGCCAGAUCAUGUGUCCUUUGAAGAAGGUGCAUUGCUGGAACCAUUAUCAGUGGCUGUCCAUGCAUGCAGGAGAGCUGGGGUUUCAAAUGGUGAUCAUGUUUUAGUGUGUGGAGCAGGUCCCAUUGGUUUAGUGAAUUUGCUAACUGCAAAAGCAUGCGGUGCAAGCAGAGUCGCAAUCACAGAUCUUGACGAAAACCGUUUGAAAAUGGCAAAAAGUCUUGGGGCUGAUGCUGUCUUCAAAGUCGAUAUAAGUGACGGCAAAGCUAUGGCUGAAAAGAUUACUAAAGAAUUUGGAUUCGCUGAUCGAACAAUAGAGUGUACUGGGGCUGAGCCAAGUAUUCACAGUGCUAUCUAUGCCACAAAAUCAGGUGGAGUCCUCGUUAUUGUCGGAAUGGGCAAAGCAGAGAUUCAGCUGCCUAUUGUCAAUGCUUUGAUAAGAGAGGUUGACAUCAGAGGGAUCUUCAGAUAUGCCAAUUGCUACCCUACUGCCUUAGAAAUGAUCUCCUGUGGAAGAGUGGAUGUGAAACCACUGGUUACUCAUCGAUUUACCCUUGAGGAUUCACUGAAAGCAUUUGAAGCAUCAAGAACUGCCCAGGAUGGGGCAAUCAAGGUUGUUAUUAACUGCAGUAAAAAGUAAAAUUACAAAUAAAGCAUCGAUCUAGAGAUAGGUGGAUGUUUACAAACAAAUAUUCUGUAAAAUGGGAAUUUAUAUAUAUGUGGAGCUGGA